CAGAUAUAGUGAAUGCAGGGUCCGGGGAGACCGGAUAUAGUGAAUGCAGGGUCAGGGGAGACCGGAUAUAGUGAAUGCAGGGGUCCGGGGAGACCAGAUAUAGUGACUGCAGGGUCCGGGGAGACCAGAUAUAGUGAAUGCAGGGUCCGGGGAGACCAGAUAUAGUGAAUGCAGGGUCCGGGGAGACCAGAUAUAGUGAAUGCAGGGGUCCGGGGAGACCAGAUAUAGUGAAUGCAGGGUCCGGGGAGACCAGAUAUAGUGAAUGCAGGGUCCGGGAGACCAGAUAUAGUGACUGCAGGGUCCGGGGAGACCAGAUAUAGUGAAUGCAGGGUCCGGGGAGA